GCCUCUUUCCUUUCUCUCUUUCCUCUCUACCUUUCCAAAAUUCUAAAAAAAAAUAUGCAUGGGAUGAACAUCUUCCUCUUCUUUCUUCAUCCUCUUUUUCUCCACCUCUUUAUGUCAAAAUUUUCCAUCAGUUGCACAAAAUCAAUUUAUUUAGCUUAUUUCAUCUAUUUUAUUAUUUUUCUAAUUGCAUGUAAAUUGAUAACGCAUACAACUACAUCAUUCAUUUGAUUGUAUAUAAAUAAUUAGUUUUUUGUUCAUCCAGAUAAUUAAAAUCGAUAACAACGACAAUUAAAGUUGAUCACACAGAUAACUAUUGUGUGUAAGAAGAAAAUAUUGUUUGUGCACAUACACAAACACUGCACAUAUAUAAAUUGAUUUGCAAGCUUAUUUCAGUGUUAAACGGAUGUGAGUGUAUCUUUUUACAUGAAAAUUAAUGUUUGUGGACAACUUAUGAACCACUAGCAAUUACUUCCUCUGUCACUUAUAAUUUUGUCAACUCUCUUUUUUUGGAUGUUCCACUGAAUUUGCCAAUUUCCCUUUUAAGUAAAGAAUUUUUUGUUCCAGUUCAUUCUCUUCUCUGCACAAACUUCAACCACACAAUUUUUAAUUUAUUAUUUUGUGAAAUUUUUCCUGACCCAUUUCCUUGACAAAGUUAUCAGGAGUCUACUAGGCUACUAGAAUCAAAGUUGUUACACCUCGCCGAAAUUAUUAUCCACCUUCCUGCAGUUUUUCCUUUUGACCCAUUUUCUCAUCGCCCAUCGAUAGCCCCCCUGUUCCUCGUCAAUGGCGACCUCAUCGAGACUCCCUUCCUUGGCCUUAGCGCUCGCUCUCCUCGCGAUCACCGCCACCGCCCGCCCGUGCAAGACCCUCUACUUUUUCUCCUCCACCUCUUUCUACCCGACCACCACCACCACCGUCUCCGAAACCUCUAACCUUUACCCUCAAUUCCGUCCCCAAAACCCUAGAUCGCUCACCUUCCUUUUCACCUCAGCCCGUAUCCCAGUUGAAGACUGGAAAUUUGUUCCCUCAAGGACCUCCUUCGUCUUCCGCGACCCCUUCAGCGGCGUUGAGGAACAGGUCGAGGAAACGGGGGCCGAAGAUGUUCCCAAGCGGUUGUCUUCAUCCGCUUCGAUUAUCCCCUCUGAUUUGUAUUCCUCUGUGAGCAGCUCGAUUCGUGACAGGACUAAGGAUAUCAUGAGCGUUGUCGGUGCGUUGCUAUUCGGUGUAGGCUGCGGAGCGUUGACCGCCGCGACCAUGUACCUGAUCUGGUCCCUCUUCUGGCCCCACGGUUACGAUUUUGAGGAUUCCGAUGAUGAGUUCGACGAUGACGAUGUUGCAGCCCAGAAGAAGAUGGGAUACAUUGCAAUUCCGGCUAAGGUUGUUGAUGAUGACCUGAAAAAGCCUGCUCCGCCCACAAAGGAGGUGGUUUGAGAGCGAGUCUGUAAUUUGUAAGUUUAUGGUGAUCUUGACGACCUUUAUAAUCAUAUUUAUGUUGAUCUAUAUUUGCAUAUGAAUGGCAUAUAUGACUACUUUUCUUAUUGUAUCAUCUUCUUCAUGGUUAAAAUCAAAUCGUACUUUGAUGUUCGUUCAAGAUUGUUUGGGUAAUCUAAGCUAUACAUUAAUACAUGCUUAGGUAAGACAUA